AUAUCAAGGGACUUAUGAUGUUCUCUUGUCGAGCGUAUACAUUUAUGCUCAUUCUUUUUGUUCGUUAAUGCUCUUUACUCGCGUCUCCUUACAUAUUUCACGUUUCCUCGAGUGAAGGACUUCAGGUGGUGUUUCCACCGCUUGCUGCUGGUGAUGUCAGACGGCGGCUGGUUCAUGUGGAGGUCAGCAGCAGAGGAGGAGGUUCGCGUAGAGUUCACUCGCAUACAUUAGGUAACACCAUCGCUCGCUCUGACAUAACUAGUACGAAGCAGGUUGAGUCGACACAUUUGUCAAUAAAGAAGAGAUAACAAGGAGAAGAAGAAGAACUCCCGCGACUAACUUUGUUAUGCAAAACAGCCUCCAGAUCUGGACUUGUUUUUUACCCGCUGCCUCUCCGCUGGCAGACUCCAGUCUGCAGCUGCGUGUCAACAACAUGCUCACAAUGUCUGAUUUUAAUCGCACUCGCCUCUCUCGUGGCACGUUUUCCUUCUGAUUUUUUUUUAUUUUUUAAACCAUAAGAGAGAGAAGUGUGCUGUAUCCAGCUGAAUCAUGUUUGACUAUGUGGAUUUUCAAGCUUUCGGUCCGGGAGAGAUCACGGACUUCUUCACCACAUCCAGCCCUACAUGCAUGCUGCAGAGACAGGACGACGAUUUAGCAGACUACUUCCCCGAGCUGGUGGAGGCGGAUUGGCAGCAACACCGCUGCUCGCAGUCAGUGGGAAGUCAGAGCUCCACGUCCAGCUCAGACGACCUGUUCGCCAGCCCCCCCUCCCCACCGCCCCCACCUCGCACUUACAAGCCCUGCUUUGUGUGUCAAGAUAAAUCCUCGGGCUACCACUACGGCGUCAGCGCCUGUGAGGGCUGCAAGGGCUUCUUCCGUCGCAGCGUGCAGAAAAACAUGGUGUACACCUGCCACCGGGACAGAAAUUGCAUCAUCAACAAGAUCACAAGGAACCGCUGUCAGUACUGCCGCUUGCAGAGGUGUUUCGCUGCGGGAAUGUCCAAGGAGUCGGUAAGAAACGACAGAAACGGGCGGAAGGCAAAGAAGGAAGCGGUGAAGAUGACGAUCAUGGAGACGUACGAGCUGACGGCGGAGCUGGGACUGAUCGUGGAGAAAAUCUGCAGAGCCCACAGGGAGACCUUCCCCUCUCUCUGCCAGCUGGGCAAAUACACCACGAACUCGAGCUCGGACCACAGGAUCCAGCUGGACCUCGGGCUGUGGGACAAGUUCAGCGAGCUCGCCGCCAAGUGCAUCAUCAAGGUGGUGGAGUUUGCAAAGAGAGUUCCUGGUUUCACCGGCCUCACCAUCGCCGACCAGAUCACUCUGCUCAAAACUGCCUGCCUGGACAUCCUGAUCUUGAGGAUUUGCACUCGUUACACUCCGGACCAGGACACCAUGACCUUCUCCGAUGGGUUGACUCUGACCCGCACUCAGAUCCACAACGCCGGAUUCGGACCGCUGACUGAUCAGGUUUUCACGUUUGCCGGGCAGCUGCUUCCGCUGCAGAUGGACGACACGGAGAGCGGACUCCUCAGCGCCAUCUGUCUCGUCUCUGGAGACCGACAGGACCUGGAGGAGCCGUCUAAGGUGGAGGUGCUGCAGGAGCCGCUGCUGGAGGCGCUGAAGAUCUACUCCCGCAAACGGCGACCCAGCAUGCCGCUCGUGUUCCCCAAAGCCCUCAUGAAGAUCACCGACCUGCGCAGCAUCAGCGCUAAAGGAGCUGAGAGGGUGGUGACUCUGAAGAUGGAGAUCCCGGGCUCGAUGCCUCCUCUGAUCGAGGAGAUGUUAGAGGAUCUGCAGAACCUGGAGAAACAGCAGAACGCACACUCGGAAACUCCUCACAGCACAUGAAACCCUCCGAGGUCUUGCUGCUCGAAAAGAGCACUCGGCCUCGUUUUCCCGUCAUGGAGAGAAAACACAAACUACUUCAGAAGUGUCUGACCUCGUCUUAUGAG